CUCAUCCACCUCCAUCUCCAUCGAAUUCGCUUCAGCAGCUUUUCUCUUUCCCUUCCGAGCCAGUCUUGUCUUGCGUGUUUGCUUGUCAGUUGAGCCUUUUGAUUUCUGGCCAGAGAUACCCGUGAGCGUUCGUCAACUGCGAUCCUAGACAAACGGUGACAAUUGUCUCAAACAAAGACCUCGUCCACAAAUUUCCCAGCCUCACAAUUCUUCCACGAACUGUUCUCUGAUCACCUGUUCGUCGCUUCCUGAGUGGAAUCCUCCCUUACGAUCGCAAAAACAGCUCGUCCGAACACCGAUCUCACUCAUGUCACUCCAACGACGUUAAUAAAUAAUCUCUGGUGGACAUCAAUUAUCGCCGCUACCUGCAGCCUUUUGUUUACAUUCGACGGAAAGCCUCGCACUAAGCAAGCCCCUCUUUCACCGACAAGUCAUGCAAAGCCGCUGCCUCGCAGGAGAAUAAAUAAUCGACCUGUUCAAAUAAAGAGUGCAUGCGCAACAGGAUCUGUGCAUGUCCUCCAUGAAUUCCCACCGCCUGAGGUAGCUUCAGAAUGGGCUUUACCAGUCGACGCCCAAUUCUGCCUGCGCCCACCGACUCGGAACUAGGCCCGACUGACGACACUGGACUUGGAACAGACCUGGGUACGGAUCUCUCACGGAGGAGUGACAAGACAUCCGAUACUAUUCCGGACGACGGUACACCGAUCACUAUCACGACCGCCCCAAAGCACAAAGCCAAGGGCAAACUUACAAAAACCCGACAACAAUCCCAGACUUCUCUACUUAUUGAGUACUUUGAGGGAAACAAGACACCCGAGUCUGGUCAACGAAGGCCAAGCUUACGGGUCCGAUACACCCCAUCUCAUUCCAGGAAGAACAAGGAGAAGGGAGAAGGACACAUCUUGGUGACUGAAUCUAAAUCGGCUCGACGACCCUCCCAAAGUCAUCGUAUUGUGCUGGGAGGUAACGAGUCUCUUGCCGAGAACCCAAUCACAAGCGACAUAAGUUCGCUGGAUCCUGCUGACGACCUUGUAUCUGCUGCACCGGUCGAAGUCGAGGUAUUGCGCGGCACUCCCAGCGAACUUUCAGAGAGAAGCCCUUCCCCGGAAGCCAGGUACAUUGAACCAGGAUCAGAUAUCUCUUCUAUGCCGGCCGAGAGCUCUAUCGGACCACAUCAAACUAUCAGCAUGGUGCCUUCGACUCAGAGCGGCAGUGUCGCCAGAGGUACUUCCUACGACGGGCUGAAGCCACCCGUGAUACCGGCGGAACGGAACUUGAGUAACGAGCGAAUCACUCAAAAGGUCAUUGAGAAGCUCAGUAACAAGCCUAGAGUAUCCGCGAAACGACAACACAGCAGUCACAGCGCCAGCCGCAGCAACGGCAGCAGAGAGGCUGAAAUACCGAAUCGCGAAGCAAGAAUUCGUGUCACGAAGCCUGUUGAAGAUGAAUCCGCUCCGAGUGCCACAGGAUCUAGUCUUGUCAGUGGCUCCCAGUUAUCCGCAGACCUUCGGCCAGCCGACCAACGUUCAGCACGAUCUGGCGCUUCAAAUGCCUCCAUCACAAAUAAUCCAAGACUCCUACAAGCAGUCGAAGACGCCGUCAAACGGAUGAUACUACCGGAGCUCGAUGCGAUAAGAAGAGAUCAAAAACACUCACAUCGAUCGCGUCACGAUAAAUUAAGCAGUCCCUCGGAUAUUUCUUCUAGCACCAUCUCUCGGGACGACAGAUCACGACGUAAGUCGUCAGGGAGCAAAUCAAAGCGACGUGAAAGUCGAGACUCGGAGUCCGGUUUGGCUGCAGGCUCUUCCCGCCGCCGUAGGAGUCACAAGAAUGUUGAUUACGACUCCCCAUCCGAGCAAAGCUACGAUCCAACCGAGUCGCUUGAUAGCAACAGCAUACGCGAGGAGAAGAAGUCCCGAAAAUAUCGAAGCCAUCACUUACGGGAUGUAGCGGCAGGAGCCCUUGGGGGAGCAGCACUGACCGCAGCAGCUCUUAAGUCUCAUGAUUCUGGCUCGAGCCUCGAGUAUUCAGUGCACCGAAGACGGCGUCGAAGCAAGAGUCGCAGCAGUCGGAGUGCCAGCAUUGCAGAGAAGGAAGAUGCCUUUCAAAAACACCAUGUUCCUCCUAUGCCCUUUGUCAGUGAUCUCGGGACCGACCUGACUCGAAGUUCUUUGAAGUCCUCGAAUGAUGGCAGGACCGAAACUCCAACCAGAGGUGAGGUUAGGGGAGUGAUACGUGGCUCGCCUCUCGAUGUGCCUUCGCCAGGAUCAUUCACACCCACACGAAACUCUUUGGAUCUAAAGAGAGGACUUGGUACUCAUCAUGGCAAUCUCUCAGAGCAUAACCUCUCCGGCCCUGAUAUCUCAUCCAGGAAAGAGACCUUCGACGAGGAUGGCGUUGAUCGUUCGGACGAAGUGGAUGAUAUUGACUUUGCAACUCAUGGGUUUGCUGCCCUGACUGAUCCUGAACGAGCAAGAGCAUACGAGAGAAAUUUGCAUCAACAGCAUCCGAUCAGAAGGGGUCUAAGCCCUAUACAAAGUGUCGCUAGCUACCAAACUACCGAACCCAAUCGUACAUCCAUCAUGCACGCAAGAAGUUCUGAGUCUAUCAACUCGCCGAAGAAGACUCCUCAGAUGGACGACCAAAUAUCCAUAUCCUCAAUAUCAUCGGCGCCAAGUACUGAUUUGGCUCGCUCUCGACGACCUCAAGGCAUAAGUCUUGAAAAUCGCAGUGAGAUCAUGGGACAACAUCCAAGCUCAUACAAUUCCACGCCAAGGCAAGCAGAUGUUGAUGUUUUUGAAGAACAACAUCGCGAAAACGAGAGUUACCGCGAUGAGCCGUAUAUCGACAAGGUUACCGCUGGACGACAAGUCGGCCAAGUGUCAGGCGCGACUGCAGAGUACAUCGAGUCUCCAGUGGGUGUAGAAUCUGCAGUGGCAUCAUUGAUUGAGCCAUCAGUCGUUGAUUCUGCGAAUCAUUACUCACCGCGUGGGAGUCAAGCAGACUCCUAUAGCGCCCGAGAAGAGCAAAGUCCAUACCACUCUCAGCGAGGAAGCCCCUUGAAGCAUGAAGUAUCACACCACAGCUUUGACGAACGUGGUUAUCCUGCUGGUGAAGACAUAAUGGAUUCCCCUCCUCAAAGCCCUGCCCGCUCGAUGGAGCAUUUCGAUGCUGUCCCGGCUCAACCAGCAGUCCAAUCGUCAGGAAACCAACCUUCGAAUCAAUCUGAGCGAUCGCCAGACUCAGACAUCACAACCAACCCCUCGAUCAUUCGAGGUCCGAUUGGCGGGAUGGCUCAAGGCAGUACUGACCACUGGCCUUACGACCCGACACCACCACGCUCACAUCCAGAGUUGGUACUCCCGCCCGUAAGCAGAGAUAUAGGUUCUGCUGGCACCGACCUGAUUCCGCAAGCCCUGUCCAUUAACCGUGGCUCCGACUUGGAUCAGAAAGGCGACCUGUACAUGAAAGCGCUGCCACUAGCCACGCCACCUGGAGGCAAGGAUGAAGGCUACGAAACUGGCGCCAAUGCUCCCUCUCCCGGUCUGUACUCUAACAAGGACAACUUCGCCAUCAAUGCUCCUCUCGAGGACGAUCCUUUUGCCACUGGUCGGGACAAAUAUGUCAGUGGGUUGUCCCACGGCCUUUCACCAAUGUAUGAUAGUGCUUCAGGACGUGGCCGCGACAACAUCCAGUCAAAAGAUAUUGUGGCACUCAUGGACCAUCUGACAGUGCGCGACGCCCAGCGCAAUGCACGAGACACGGAAAUCCUGGUUACACUCGUCCGUAGUGCAGCCGAAAUGAGAAACUCCUUUGAGGAUAUGAAAAAAUUCAUAACCGAGCAGGACGGAAUGAUCAUAGACUCGGCUGAUAGACAACAUCAGCAGACACAAAAGAUUGUCAGUGGACCUCGGCCGCAACCGAUGACUCCUCGCGCUGCCACAUCUGCAGCUUCAGAGGAGGAGCUCCCUUCGAAACGGCGGAACGUCUUUCAACGAGCGCUCCGUGGCCUCGGUGCUAAGAAUACGCAAGAGCUACAAAAUAUCGAAAACAUGCUUAUGCGUCUGCUGGACGAAGUAGAAGGACUUCGAGCCAUACAGUCUACUUCGGUCCCGCAAAACCAGCCCAGGUCUACGAGUUUAGCCUCAGCAGACAAUGCUCAGCCUCCUACUGAUACUGGUUAUGAACCUGAGGGACAGGCUGGUACAUCAUCUACGGGUGAUCGUUCAGGCUUCUUUUCCAACAACUCCUCUCGUCAGGCAGACUACCGCAAUUAUACCAUGCAACGAGAUGUUUCGAAUCGAAUCAGUACAGUGAUGGAAGGGGAUGAGGAAUAUGAGGAUUAUGGCGAUGGCCUUGGUGCAGCUACCGCUGGAAAUGUUCAAGCCAUGUCGCGAUCGACCCCAACCAGAGCUGAUCCUGGUCGACAAACCAGAGGCGGAUCGGUACCUCUGAAUACUCCACCUCGAACGCAUGUUCCACAUAUGGGCUCGUUGAGCAACGACAAUACUCCUCAGUAUUCCGCGAACGACGGCUCGGGGCGAAAGCACAAGACUUUUUCAUCUUCUUUUAUCCCCAAGAUGGUCUCUAGGUGGUCCAAGACUACUGCCUCGACGGAGAACUAUCGAACAAGCAACCAGCGAAUCCGCCCGUACUCCGAGGUUUCUCGUUCGGGCUCAAACCUAGGGGAAUACGAAUACGAAAAUGAUCCUCAAGGUGACGAUCGACUUCGUUCGCAAGGCUCAUUCCAACAAGAACACUAUGAGGAUGAAGAGAAUCGUCCACGUUCUCCCUUGUUGCCCAGCCAGAUUUCAGACAACCCUAAAUACCAGGCACAUCGAAAUAGUAUGAACUUGCAACACCCUCAACCUCGACAAGGUCCAACUGGUCGAUAUCAGUCUCGAUUAGAAUCAGAAGCCCAGCUCUACAAUGACGAACUGUCGCCAACCUCGCAGACCUCCUCGCAUUGGGAUCAUCAACAUGGAUUCCGAAAUCCAGAAGGCACUGCAGCCAUGUAUGGAGGACAUGUCAGCCCAGUCUCUGAUCUGACAUACUCCCAGGAUCUCGGCAUUCCCCACGACAAUAAAAGCGUUGCGUCUUCUCAAGGACCACCGCGGCCUCCGAAGAUUCCAAAUGAUGAGCCUUUGGUGCCUCAGCGACCCCCUAAGGUGAUGAUGAGUCCUUCUCCUUCGAAUCGACAACCGACAUACGUCGACCAUGUGGCUGCUGCCCGCGCAGGUAGUCCAGCAUUCGAUAAGUCUCCUGUGGCAGCUUUGCGAUCUCCGCAAAGUCAAGGACGCAAACCGUCUGGACCUAGGCCACUUACAACAGCAAGUGGUUCAAAGGGUGAUAUGAACACCAUCAAGAGAACUCGAUUUAGAGGAAGUCCGCAUCAGAUCGACAGCGAGGAUGAAGCGACAGCAGCCUAUUAAGCGGGGUUGUGUGGUCUGGCUUUGGUUGUAAUUUCAAGAUGCAUACGACGGUUGUACAAGUUUGAUUCAUGACAUAAGAAUUUUCUAUUUACUCCUGGCGAGUGAACAAAGCUGCAAAGCUGCUGGUGGUGAUGUGAUUAUGAUGAUGAAAAUGAUGUACAGAGCGGUCCCUUUCUUUGACUUGGUAUUGUCGAUUUUUUUUUCAAAAGCGAGUAAUUAAGAAUUGGAUGUGGCAGAGAGUUGGAUGGAUGAUGGUUCUCUCAAAACCAAAAUAUUACCAGUCAAGUGACUCGGAUUAUGACGACUGUGAAUAAUGGGUGUGGUGUUGAAGGUCAAAUGCAUCUUUCUUCGUUCUUUCUUGGUGGCGUACAGUGUGGUACGUAUGAGAAUGUCCAGAAAAGGUAGAAACCGAGUAGAAUAUCAAAAUGAU